GGAUGCAGCAUGUGAGGACUAUAUUCCGGCUCCAAGCCCACUACCAAGCCAUAUACUGCUGUGGUCGACAUCUUACUGAUGGUCACGUGACAGGUGGUCACGUGACCGGUCUCACUUCCUCACUCCCCCACUCUGAGGCAGUAUCCAACAGACACAUCACUCCGGCUUCAGAUCUCAAUAUUAAGAUAUAUCAGCCUUCUUACAAUGACGAGUUGAAGGACAUUUUUGGCGAAAAUAAACGUGAACACAAGGAAAAAGUUAACUUUGCUGAUUUCAAGUCGCUCCAACCAGAGCUGAGGGAGCGAUUGAAAGAGCUGGGGUACGAGAAACCCUUACCAGUCCAACAUCGAACAUUGGAGGCUACACUGCGAGGCAAAGAUGCGGUCAUAAAGUCAGUAACUGGUAGUGGGAAGACACUGGCGUUUAUCAUACCACUCCUUAACAAAGUGGGAGCGCAGAGGAUAGGAGAAGAAAGAGGGAGGGCUCCUCAAGCUGUCAUUGUGGCACCUACUAGGGAACUCUGCCGCCAGAUCGCCAGUGUGCUGGAGGAGUUUAUAGGACCAGAAAGAGUGAGUCUGAUGACAGCGGGACUGGUGAAAGUUAAGAAGCAAGCCAGACAGGCAAGGCUGGAGAGCAAGGAUAUCAUCGUGGCUACUCCAGGCAGAACUAUGCAACUUAUCUCCAAUAACAUUAUUAGACCAAAGUCCCUGAAGUUUCUGGUACUAGACGAAGCAGACGAGCUACUUCACGACUUGUUCUACCAACACAUGCGGUGGAUCCUAGACAACUCCAACCCCAGCAAACAGAUGAUUGUUACCACGGCAACCGUGCCUUCUAAUGUCCAGUUUGUUAUUGAUAGAUAUAUGAAGUAUCAUGAGUACAUAGACUUGGGAGCAGCGUCGGUGUCACUACCAGAACACAUAAAACACAAAGCAGUUCUAUACGAUGUAGGAGUGUUUAAGAGGUGCCUGAAGUGGGUCCUGAAGAACGAACAUGGGUCCUGUAGUAUGCUGUUCGUCAAACACAAGGACGAUUGCUCUAGAGUAACUGAGUUGGUGAGGAGCUUUGGUUACUCCGUCAAAUACAUCAACUCUGAUGUACCAGAAAACAGCAGAGUACGGAGUUGGGCAAUGAUCGAAGCAGUGGAAACAUGUGAGUUGAUCCAAGCUCAGCUGAGUGAGAUCAUGUUAUCUGGAAAACUUGAUGUCAUUGUAAUGACUGAUUGCAAGUCUCUACAUGAUGCUAUCCAAACCUCGAAAAAUGUUGAUGACAAGGGAUUGAGGAUACCAAUAGCUUGCCUGAGACAGCGAGUGAACAAUAGUGAAAUGACAGUUCGUUGGAUUUCAACAAAGAAACAGCUUGCAGAUAGUUUGACUAAAGCUGGAGCUCCAACUUCACUGCUACGGGAGGUAUUGUCGUCAGGAGAAUUUGACAAUGAACUGUUUAGAAUUGUAUUCCAAUAAUAAACAUUGUAUUCAAAGUUUUUAAUAUUGUGUGUGAAGGAUUUUAAUAAUCUUAAUAAUUUGAAACUUAAAGAAGUUAAAAGAGUGAAUAUAUUGGUAUUUGUGAUUUAUAUAAUGUGCUCGUUUAAAACGAUUUUCUAUUACAUGUUGUGCAUGUAUCCACAAAGAGGGAAGUUAUAUUUAGAAAGAUUAUAGUCUUUCUUGUGACACCUUUAUUUUAUAUUUAAUAUUUUAAAUCUUUCAAAGCCUUUUUAAGAAAGAACGGGAGAUUGUGAAUUGCUAUAUAUUUGGUUUAUAUAUUUAUGAUAGUCGAUAUAAUAUAUACUAAUUGUGUUCUAUUUCAGAAUGUACCACAAACAUGUUGUCUGUGGGGUUUGAUAAUUACUUGUAACAACUGGUGUGUUUCAUUGCAUAGUGAU